GUAUGCUGGAGGAUGGGAAGAAGUUCGAUUCCUCCCGCGACAGGAACAAGCCGUUCAAGUUCGUGAUGGGCAAGCAGGAGGUGAUCCGCGGCUGGGAGGAAGGAGUCGCUCAG